CUUCUCCGUCUGGUCGCCAUUAAACAUUGCAAAACUCUUCUAUUUGAUAUGGCCGAACACUUUCGUUUUUAACAAUUUCUCUGUUGAUUUCCUCUGAUUUCGCGGAAAUGGUGGAGCAUAUGACCGUUGCCAUCGUAGUCCUUUCUCGCGUGGUGAUAGAAUUAAUGAGGAAGAUUGCCGACGUUGCGGUGUGUGUGAGAGUGGGGGACAAGAUAGCGAGAGGUUGGAUGGUGUUGCUGCUCCUGCUCCUGCAGCGCUGCUGCUGGUUCGCUUCGAGAGAAACGCCCGUGUGACGCGUUCAGCUCAGCAACCCGCUGACAAUCGGAGCAGGAGCCAGAGGGAGUCUGCUGCCCUGCAAAUGUAAACAGAGGCGGGUGAAUAAAGUAGCAGAAAGAAAGGAGCUUAUUUAUAUAUGACCCGAUCUUGUAUAUGAAAGCUAAUUCCGUCGUGCAGGGAAGGUGCUGCAGAUUGCGAGUUGUGCUGAUGCCGCUGUAAACACUGGAAUCACAAUUUGGCCCUGAAAGGAAGACUUGCUGAUAGGCUUUGCAUGUCAAGUGGUUUCUGAGCUACUUGACAGUUUAUAGUUUUCAGCACCACUGGGAAGCAGGCAGCCCAGGAAGCCAUGAGUGAUGACUCAGUGUGUCUGUUUUAACAUGGUGGCAUGAAUCUGAGGAUCUGUAUUGGGAAUCUGCCUCUCAGAUCAGGUUUGGUAUUUUAAUGGGAUUACCAAAGGGAAAUACGCAAGUAAAUCCAGAGAAAAGUCAUCUUUUGGAUCUGCAUCAAUUAGUUCCAUCUCCAGAGAAAGUUUAAAUACUAUUUGUUUUCUUACCUGGAGCAACAAAGAGCUAACAGAGUAGUCUGAUCACUAAGGAAAAUCCAUUGUGAAUAUGGGUUACUUAGAGCCUUCCUUCUGCUGAAUCACCGUAUGACAUCCCUAAGCUAAAAAGUUGUCAACAAAAUCUUGCAGGAGAGCUGCUUCACUAAUUCUCUCCAACUUGGAUUCAAAAAGGAUACAUUCUGCAGCUUGCAGCAAAUCUACAUAUCAAGGUACUUAUUAUAAGUUGUCUAUAAUCUGUACAUUAACCACAUUUAUUACAAUGGCUUUUGUCAUCAAGAAGAAAGGUCAUUUGCUUUGGUUUGGCCUACUUUUUGGAUGCCUUGUUAACCUUGGGGUCAGCCUAGAAUUUACCGGAGCUGGAGGGCAGUGGGCAAGGUUCCCGAAGUGGAAUGCAUGCUGUGAAAGCGAGAUGAGUUUUAACAUGAAGACCAAUAUUUCCAGUAGUCUAUUGGUGUACUUUGAUGAUGAAGGAUUCUGUGAUUUUCUAGAACUCCUGAUUGUAGAUGGAUACCUUCAACUUCGCUUUUCAAUUUUCUGUGCUGAACCAGCUGUUCUACAGUCAGAUACUAAAGUGAAUGAUAGUCUCUGGCAUACAAUAGUUAUUCAGAGGAAUUUCAAGAAGACGACACUAAUAGUAGACAAAGAGGUCAAAACGGUUGAAGUGAAAUCAAAGAGACGAGAUAUGACAGUCUUUAGCAAAUUGUACAUUGGUGGAAUUCCACCAGAAUUUCAUUCGUCUGUGCUGUCAUUAACAUCAACUUCAGUAGGAAGUCAAGAACCAUUCCAGGGAUUAAUAACUGAUCUCAAGGUUGGAAAUGGGACCACCACACUUAUUGAUGGUCAAGGAAUCAAAAUGGAUGAAAACUACCUUUGCACAAAUCACAGUCUAUGCUUAAAUGGUGGAACCUGCUCUGUUGUACAAGAGAAGGCAAUUUGUGAUUGUUCUCAUACUGGCUUUCAAGGAAAAGACUGCAGUGAAGGUGAGUUGUCUUUAUCCAGCUCUGGUGAAUCCCUUCAUGGAGCUAUGGACGGUGCAAAGACCAGGAGGAUGUCAGAUCCUCCAGAAGACAACUAUGUUGAAGGAGUUAUCUCUAGCAACAUCUACAGGACUGGAAGAGAAGAACACGUUGCAACCUUUAAAGGAUCAGAAUACUUCUGCUAUGACUUGUCACAGAAUCCAAUCCAGAGUAGCAGCGAUGAAAUAACAUUAUCAUUCAGAACCCUUCAAAGGAAUGGUCUGAUGCUUCAUACAGGGAAAUCUGCAGAUUAUGUAAAUCUGGCUUUGAAAGAUGGUGCAGUCUCACUGGUCAUUAAUUUGGGGUCAGGAGCGUUUGAAGCUUUGGUGGAACCUGUGAAUGGAAAAUUUAAUGACAAUGCCUGGCAUGAUGUGAAAGUAACCCGGAACCUCCGUCAGCACUCAGGCAUCGGACACGCUAUGGUGACAAUCUCAGUAGAUGGAAUACUGACAACAACGGGCUACACACAGGAGGAUUACACCAUGCUAGGCUCUGAUGACUUUUUCUAUGUUGGAGGCAGUCCUAGCACUGCUGAUCUUCCAGGUUCUCCAGUCAGCAAUAAUUUUAUGGGUUGCCUGAAGGAGGUGGUUUAUAAAAACAAUGAUGUCCGUUUGGAAUUAUCACGGCUUGCAAAACAAGGAGAUCGCAAGAUGAAGAUUCAUGGCAUGGUGGCAUUCAAAUGUGAGAAUGUUGCAACACUCGACCCAAUUACAUUUGAAACCCCUGAGUCAUUUAUUUCACUACCAAAGUGGAAUGCUAAAAAGACAGGCUCUAUCUCAUUUGACUUUCGCACCACUGAGCCAAAUGGACUGAUUCUUUUUAGUCACGGCAAACCACGACACCAAAAAGAUGCUAAAAAUCCACGAAUAGUAAAAGUGGACUUUUUUGCUAUUGAAAUGCUAGAUGGGCAUUUAUACCUUCUGCUAGACAUGGGAUCUGGUGCUAUUAAAACAAAAGCCACUCAAAGGAAGGUGAAUGAUGGAGACUGGUAUCAUGUGGAUUUUCAGAGAGAUGGAAGAUCAGGAACUAUAUCCAUAAACAGCAAACGUUCACCAUAUAUGGCACACGGGGAGAGUGAAAUUCUGGAUCUGGAUGAUGACCUAUAUUUGGGUGGACUUCCUGAGAACAAAGCAGCUCUUAUUUUUCCAACAGAAGUGUGGACAGCUCUUCUUAAUUAUGGCUAUGUUGGAUGUAUUAGAGACUUGUUCAUUGAUGGUCAAAGUAAAGACAUACGGAGGAUGGCUGAGAUCCAAAAUGUGGCUGGAGUGAAACCUUCAUGUGCCAAGGAACUUCCAAAGCAGUGCCUUAGUGAUCCAUGUCGAAAUAAUGGUAUUUGUAGAGAAGGCUGGAACCGAUAUAUUUGUGAUUGUUCUGGAACUGGAUUUCUUGGCAGGUCCUGUGAGAGAGAAGCAACAAUACUGAGCUAUGAUGGAAGCAAGUUUAUGAAAAUCCAACUGCCUGUCGUAAUGCAUACAGAAGCAGAAGAUGUAUCACUGCGAUUUAUGUCACAACGAGCCUACGGAAUCUUAAUGGCCACAACAUCCCGAGAUUCAGCAGAUACUCUGAGAUUGGAACUUGAUGGUGGUCGUGUCAAACUUACUGUCAACCUAGACUGUAUCAGGAUUAACUGUAAUAACAGCAAAGGUCCAGAAAUGCUUUAUGCUGGACAAAACCUCAAUGAUAAUGAGUGGCACACAGUCCGUGUGAGUCGUCGAGGAAAGUAUCUGAAGCUGAUAGUGGAUGAAUUACAACCCGUUGAAGAUCAAAUGACAGGAGAUCACACUCGACUGGAGUUUCACAAUAUUGAAACAGGCAUAGUGACUGAAAGGAGAUACAUGUCAAAUGUCCCUUCAAAUUUCAUCGGCCAUUUACAGAGCCUAAUGUUCAAUGGAAUGCCUUAUAUUGACCUGUGCAAAAAUGGCGAUAUUGACUACUGUGAACUCAAUGCUAGAUUUGGUUUAAAAAGUAUCAUCGCUGAUCCUGUGACCUUCAAGACUAAAUCCAGCUACGUUGCACUCUCAACAUUGCAGGCCUACACCUCCAUGCAUCUGUUCUUCCAGUUCAAGACUACAUCAGCAGAUGGCCUGAUACUCUUCAAUAGUGGAGAUGGCAAUGAUUUCAUUGUAAUUGAACUUGUUAAAGGAUACUUACACUAUGUAUUUGAUUUAGGAACUGGUCCUUCCCUCAUUAAAGGCAACUCUGACAAACCACUGAAUGACAAUAAGUGGCACAAUGUGCUAAUUUCAAGGGACACAAACAACUUGCACACUGUGAAGAUCAACUCCAAGCUCAUCACUCAAAAUACAGUUGGAGCCAGAAAUCUAGAUUUGAAAGGGGACUUGUAUAUUGGAGGGAUUGCCAAAGACAUGUACAAAACAUUACCAAAGCUGGUGGCAUCAAGGGAAGGAUUUCAAGGCUGUUUGGCUUCGGUGGACCUGAAUGGAAGGCUUCCGGAUCUCAUUUCUGAUGCUUUGUAUUGCAAUGGGCAGAUUGAGCGAGACUGUGAAGUUGCAUUGAUGAAAGCUGACUUGCAAGGGCCAAGUACGACCUGUCAAGAGGAUUCUUGUGGAAACCAAGGUGUCUGCCUGCAACAGUGGGAUGGCUUCAGCUGUGACUGCACUAUGACCUCGUAUAUUGGCACUUUGUGCAAUGACCCUGGCACAACAUAUAUCUUCAGUCGAGGUGGUGGACUAAUCAUUUACACGUGGCCCCCAAAUGACAGACCAAGCACCAGAGCAGACAGGCUAGCUGUGGGCUUUGACACGCAUGUAAAAGAUGCCAUUUUGGUGCGUGUAGACAGCUCUGCUGGGCUUGGAGACUACCUACAGCUUCAUAUUGAACAAGGAAAAAUUCGGGUUAUUUUUAAUGUCGGAACAGAUGACAUCACCAUUGAAGAAUCAAGUGGUAUUGUAAAUGAUGGAAAAUACCAUAUAGUACGGUUUACACGAAGCGGUGGUAAUGCCACUCUACAGGUGGACAACUGGCCAAUCAUUGAACGUUAUCCAUCAGGAAACAAUGAUAACGAACGCCUGGCGAUUGCUAGACAGCGAAUCCCAUAUCGACUUGGUCGAGUAGUUGAUGAUUGGCUACUCGACAAAGGACGGCAGCUUACAAUCUUCAAUAGCCAAGCAACUAUAAAAAUUGGUGGCAAGGAUAAAGCUCGUCCAUUCCAGGGUCAGUUAACUGGCCUGUACUACAAUGGCUUGAAAGUGCUUAAUAUGGCAGCUGAAAGUGACCCAAACAUCAGAAUAGAAGGAAAUGUGAGAUUAGUAGGGGAAGUGUCCUCGAUGACAACAGAAACAACAACCACAUCAAAGCCACCGGAAGUAUCAACUACCAUUAUGGAAACUACAACCACCAUGGCCACUACCACCACCAGGAAGGGGAGGUCAACAACCACGAGAGACGUUAUGACUCAGAGCACAGAUGAUCUAUUGGUUGCAUCUGCUGAAUGUCCUAGCGAUGAUGAGGACAUUGAUGAAUGUGAGCCAAGCUCAGGUGGGUUAGGUGGCAGAGGCUUCCCAGGAACAGCAGAAGUGAUUCGAGAAUCAAGCAGUACCACAGGAAUGGUGGUUGGGAUUGUAGCAGCAGCUGCUCUUUGCAUUCUCAUCCUCCUCUAUGCUAUGUACAAGUACAGGAAUAGGGACGAAGGUUCCUACCACGUAGAUGAGAGCAGAAACUACAUCAGUAACUCCGCUCAGUCCAAUGGGGCUGUAGUGAAAGAGAAGCAGGUGAACAAUGCCAAAAAUUCGAGCAAAAACAAGAAGAAUAAAGAUAAAGAAUACUACGUCUGAUCAUACACUUGGAAGAAGGAAGCCUAUAAAAUGAGAAGGAAACGAAAAAAAACAUUUUAUCAAAGACAUGAUAAAACUGAUAUUUACUUUUUGCAAAGCACAUGGGAUAAAAGACAGUACAGAUAAUCAGGAAGGAAAGACAACAGUUUGUAAAGUAAGCUUUAACAUUUCAAGCUGGUUGAAGUCUCCUACUUGUUCACAGUGUUUUCAUUUGCUCCGUCUUCUUGUUGUCUGAACUUUACUGUGGAGACAACAGCAUGAAGCAUUCAUCAAGAAGAGUAUUACAACAUUGCACAGAGAAUCUACCUGUUACCAUGAGUUUUCAGCCAAAGUGCUAAACAAUUCUGCAAUGUGACAGAAGUCUCAUUACUCCAAGAAACUUUAAAGUUAGUUAGCAGACCCUCAACAUCAAUGGGUUUAAUCAUCUUUAUAUCCAUGGGAGACCUGUGUUUAAGUGCUGGCUACAACAUAAGACUAAUGUUAAAUAGUAUAAAGUGGAAUAAUCCCUUUCUGUUUGUAAGAAGUAAGAACGCCUUAAUUUCAUCCACAGGAAAUAUAAGGCAUGGAUAUAUACAAAUUAAAGAGAGAGCAUAGAUACAAUCAUUUGAAAAUUUUCAUGCACGCUAAUAUGUUAUUACAUACAUUUAUACAAACAUGUAUAUGUGCUUUCUGGACUGUGAUGAGUGAUGUUUUAUAGCCUGUUGUAUAGACAAUGCAAAUAUCUCUGCUAUCCAGACAUUUUUUGGUAAACGCAAUGUUAUAGCUGUAGCUAUGGAUAGACAAGUUUGAAGUUGUUGAUGAGAUCUGCAAUGUUAAUGUUUUUGCAGCCAUCAUUAAUAGUCUCAAACUUUUUAUUAAUUUCCAUUGUAAUGAAUGUCUACCAUACAUGUAAGAGAGAUACAUGUGAAUGUAAAUAUAAUUUAGCUGCAUUUUUGUAAUUCAGACAGUAAUCUCUUCUGUUUGAGGUUUUGUUGCGUGGGAAACAAAGCAAGUUUUACACUGAAAUGGUGGCUAAUAUUAUGAAAUCUUUGUUAGAUAUACCAAUGGAAAUAGGUCUCAAUAAUUUCACUUUAAUUUUUUUCAUGUUUUCUCAAAACAGGAAAAAUAAAAUUUUCAAAAAUCUGAUCAUUCCUUAAUUUGCAAGACAUGUAUUGAUGUUGCUGAAUGUCAAUGUGCUUUGUUACAUGGUAAUCUUCCUAAAUAUCUACAGCAUCACUGCAGAAAGUACAGUUGCUUAUUUCUUCCAAUUGUUAUGCUUCAUCAUCUUUUUUAUUUAAAUAUGUCCUUCUCCCAUUUGGAAGUCGAAAGCUUUAACAUUAAAGCAUUGAAGGUCUUUCAUUUUCUAGCUUUGAAUGAAGAGUCCUAUAUAUGGAAUACUAAAAUAUCUAGAUCUUAAGAACUCAUUAUUUAGCUUUUUAUAUUAUUUUUGGUGAUUUCAUAGCAAUAAACCUGGUUGUAAUGUACUUCAAAUCAAAUACAAAGAGAAUAUGUUAUAUUCUAUGGGUGUACUUCAAGGGAAACCAGCUGAAUUGCUAAAGACCUCCUGGGAGGAAAAUAGAUGUUCACACGUUCAAACGGGAAGGAAGAAUUUAAAACAUGCUUUAAACAGCAGGGGCCACAACAUAACAGGACCUAUUGUAUUUUGUGUCAGCAGUCAGUUAGAGAUGGUCUCCUUGCCAAAUGCUAUAGCCAUCUCAGUGACACAUAAAACAAUUCAUAACAUUAGGCACUCACUUUUACACUAGCCACAUCAAUUACAUUUAAUCUAAACAAAGAGCAUUGUUUUUACCUUUGAAUGAAAGGUGCCUUCUUGUCCAAAAAGCUGAAAAGGGAGUUAUUUUCUGAUUAAAGAGGAACAUACCAGAUAUGUCCUUAAUCACAAAGGCGUUCUAUGUAACCAAAACAGCAAUUCCAUUCAAUGCAAUUAUAAUGUAAUUUAUUAACCAAUCCAUAAAUAGUUCACGAACAAUGGAUCCCCCUUAAGGUGUAUAGGAAUCCAUACAGCUAUAAAUAUAGUUGCAAUUAAAGCCAGUUCUAAUGUUGCUCUUGUAAAAUAGGAGAAGUCAUGUAAUGUUCCAGAUUCCUACACAGAUGUUUGCUCAUAUUAACAGUUAUGAAAUUAGAAAUGUGAAAUAAUAUUUUAUAAGUUUCUAUUAGUAUCAAGGGAAGACUAGGUAAUUACAUGGGUUAAGUUUACAAGCAACAUUUACAAUGAAAUCAACAUUCAUUUCCUCAACAAAUGCACAAUCCACCACCACCCCCAUACACAAACGGCCAAUGAAGCGGAGGAAAAUUCCAGUAAACUGACCUGCCAUGGUUCAGUAGUUAAUAAGGAGUUCCUUAGUAUCCAGGAUUGAUAUUUUUAGCUCUCAAGUGGAAUCAUAGCUCAUGAUCUGUCAUGGAGAUACAGUAUGUCCUAGUGCUCCAAAGUAUAUAAAAUAAGAUCAUGUAUUAAAUCUGUACAAUAAAUUAAAGAUUGACUGAUGGAAUAAAAGUUUUAUUUACUUUAUGUGAACCUUGUUAUUAACGGCACUCAUAAAAUCCUGGAUACACUGAAAGUGGCUGUAGGAACUUUAGAAAGCAACAACGGUAGAAUAUAUAUUAUUAGAUAACAGGCACUUGACAAACUGGACAGUUUUAAGCUAUUCAUGUUGCCAAGGUAGUUAUAUCCAUUUAGUUAACAAUUUGGUUUACCAGCUACACAGGAGCAACAUUUUCUUGUGUCUUAAACUACCUACAGCCCCUAGCAUGGCAGUUUCCAAAUUUCAUUUAGGUUGAUACUGUUUGGUACUGUAAUGUGUUGUGUUUUGGCAAACUCUUGUUUUGAAGCUGUAAGAAAUUUUACUUAUGAAUGAUGCAUUUCAAACAAGAUAAAACAAGCAAAACCAUUCUGAAGCCCCAUCUUCGAGUGCUUUGUGUGAUAAAUAUUGAAAGAAAAUUUUGUUGCAAAAGCCCAGUUAACCAUUAUUGAAAAUGCUAAGCCAGUGGAAUUUACUGUUUUUGUUAAUAAAAUGUUUCUUAUAA